AUGGAUGGUGGUUCGGAUUCCAGAUUGAAGCCCAGUUGGCUGGGUUCAUCAGAACUACCGUUCUUUGUGGUAUUAAAAAACAACCUUGAUAAUUUGGAUCAGUCGGCUACUUCCUCAAACCCGUCUUUAGUUCCAGAUGACGAGCAUUGGCUAUACCCGGAAGUUCACUAUGUUUUUGAAGACGACGAUUUUUCUCCAACAAUAGAUGUUUUAGAACAGAGCAAAAAUGAUAUCUCUGUUGUAAUAGACUUCAAUGAGGCAGCAGAUGAGGUUAUUUCCUAUAAGUCGCUCUCUCCAUCCUGGCAGAUAUUAAAUGUUAGUACUGAGUCGGCGGCAACUCCAACAUGGAGAUCAGAUUCUAAUGGUAGAACCUGUACAAUGUUACUCAUUGAAGGUACAAAUUCUGAACUAAAUUGGAAUACGAAUACUGCUCCAGUUGGUGGCACAAAAGAAGAAGACGAUGUAGAUUCAUUGGGGGAUAUGAAGCGGUUGGUGGAGUCGUUCAAAUCUCGGAAUGAGCAGCUCAAACAAAUUCUCUUUGAGCGCAGCCCAGAUAAUGGUCCCCGGCCGUCAUCCCCGCAACCUUGA